GGGUGACAACCUGCUUGAGGCACCCCAACAGGGGCCACGUAUGCAGCUCUAAGCAUGCCACCCUAUAGCAGAUCCCCAAAGACACCACCCCGUGCAGACCACAAUUGCAACACUGACGAUGUGACAUCAUGACACUUCUUGUUCACAAGAGAAACUGACAGCAGCUCUCCAGCCAUUUCCUGUCCCCGCUGCAGUCUCAUUGUGUGAGACUCAGCUGUCCCCAAGCUGCUCCUUCCGAAUGGCACCAAUGGCGCUGGCCCUCAUCCUGGGUUGGUGUCUGGUGGCAGCCAGCAGGGCACAGCAGUUGCCCCGACCCUCCCUGUCACUGCACCCCAGCCAGGGGGUUUCCCUGCGGGACUCUGUCACCCUAUGGUGCCACCUGCCCCGGCCAGCUGCCCGGGUUGAGCUCUAUAAGGAAGGAGAGCGGACAUUCAAAAUGUCCAGGGACACAGACAAAGAGCAAGACGCAGUUGAGUUCUACUUGGCUGACAUAAAACAGGAAGACGCUGUGAAGUACCAGUGCCAGUACCGAGUGCUGGAGCCACCAGGGACAUCGGAGAAGAGUGACCCCGUGGCACUGCUGGUGACAGAUCGCAGCUACCCCCCACCCACCAUUUCCCUGAGCCCUGAGGAACACGUGGAGAUGGGCACCAACGUCACCAUUCGCUGCUGGAACAAGCCUUAUCAAGGCUUCACCUUCCUGCACAAGGACGGGCACUCAGACCCUAUCCAGCACCAGGAGCCCGAUGGUGGGGGCACAGCCACUUUCACCCUCUUUAGGGUGUCCCCAGCUGACUCUGGCACCUAUAGGUGCUCCUACCGUGUUGGGGGCUGCUGCCUUUUGUUCUCACCCCUUGGGGAUAAUGUGACCCUGGAAGUGAUUCCCACACCUGCCUUCCCAGGUGACAUUGGGAGGCCCCGAUGGAACCUGGUGGCAGCAGUGGCGGGGAGCUGCGCUGCUGCCAUUGUCGUCAUCCUCAUCCUCACCCUCUCUUUCCUCCUCGCUGCCCACAGAAGACGGAUACAAAGAAAUGAGAGCCCUGGUGCCAUCCCCAGAAGCCCCAAGGCUGUGCAGUUCCAGGUGCCCCCCGGUGACUGCGAGGGUCUGACCUACGCCGAGCUGCGAGCUGUGACCCCCGGCACCUGCACCCCCGGCCCCUCUGCCGCCCCUGAACCCCCCAUUAUCUAUGCUGAGGUGGGCACUGGGCGACCCUGCUGAUGCUCCCACAUGUGUGCACAAACAUGUGUUUGUUGUGUGCACACAGGUACUUCAAGCGUGCGCAGUGCAGGUGUGCUCUGUGUAGUAAACAUCGCAUGUGAACAUUCAUGUGUAUUACAUGUGUGUGCACUGUCACAGGUGCACAAUAGAUGUACAAACACGUGUGUAGUAGACACUCCACUCUGUGCCUCUGUGUGUGCAUGCAUGAUGUCGUAUGUGUACACCGAUAGCUGCACACAUUACUGCUCAUGUGUGUCCUUAGCACGUGCUCCCUGUGUCUGCACUACAUGUGCCUCCACAGUACACACACGUCAUCAACACGUGCCUUGUGUCUGCACCACAUCUGUCCCCACAGCACACACGUGUCCUUAGCGUGUGCUCCCCAUGGCGCAUCUCCAGCUCCACAACCCAAACCACCCCCCAGCCCACAACGGUUUUGGGGCAGGAUUUUUGGUGACGAGGGAAAAUGCAAUUUUGUGAACAUUUGGAAGAGGGCAGAGGGUUUGUGGGGUUUGCAAGAAAAUGGGGAAAAAGAGGAAGGUUGUUGGUGGGAGGGCUGUGUGUGGGAGCAGCAGUAAGGGGAAGGGCACUUCUCCCUUUUUGUAAUGAAAGGGGAAAUGAUGGAGAGUUUGAGAGCUUGAUGGAGCCUUUUAGGUCCAGUUGGAGGUUUCUUGUGGAGCUGGAUGGAGACUUUUGGGGCCACAUGGA